AUGACGCAGGAGCCCACUGACCCCCUCUCCGCCGCCAGCCCCUACAACUAUGAACAACCCCUCCCCCCCGUGGCUCGGACCAAUGCCUUCACCCAGGUCCCCCCUGCCAAGAAGAUAACAUUUUACAAGAGCGGGGACCCUCAGUUUGGAGGGGUCAAGAUGGCCAUCAACCAGCGCAGCUUCAAGAGCUUCAACGCCCUGAUGGACGACCUCUCCCACAGGGUCCCCCUGCCUUUCGGGGUGAGGACCAUCACGACGCCGCGGGGGUUACACUGCAUCAGCACCCUGGACCAGCUGGAGGACGGAGGGUGUUACCUGUGCUCCGAUAAGAAAUAUGUCACGCCCAUCAGCAUUGGUCCUGCCGGCCGGAGAGCUGUUCCUCAGAAGGUCGGCCAGCCGGCCAGCACGUUGCGGAGAGCAGCCCAAGACAUCAAGCGCGAGGACCACUCGACCGCUUUUGCCCAGCAGAGUCCGCGGAUACCCAAGAAAGUCACUCUGGUUAAGAACGGGGAUGUGGCCACCAGGAGGCCGAUAAUCCUCAAUCGCAGGAACGCGCGGAGCUUCAAGACUCUCUUGGACGAGAUUUCGGAGAUCAUGCAGUUCACGGUGAAGAAGCUGUACACGUUGGACGGGAAGAGGAUUGACAACAUGCAAGCUCUGCUGCACUGCCCCAAUGUCCUCGUCUGUGUGGGGAGAGAGCCCUUCAAGCCCAUCGUGGUGGAAAACCCCAGGAAGCCCUCCUCGGAAAAGCUGCCCGGCCUGCCUUCACAGUCCAACAGCAGAGGCAACGUUGGCGAAAACCACGAAAUGAACUUUGGACUCAAAGCCAAGAAGAGUGUGAUUCACCCCCGGUCGGCCUUGAGCAAUCGCUCCACGAGAUUCUCUUUGUCGUCGGAAAAAUCCUAUCCAAACGGCCUUGCAACAUCGCCAGAGAAUUGCGCCCCCUGCUUGAGCCACUGCCCACACUCCAAAGCGGGCAACCUGGUUCAUUCCUUGGUCAACGAUGACAUCGAGAAGAGGGUGCACGUGAACAAAGAUGGCAGCCUGUCCGUUGAGAUGAAAGUCCGCUUCCGCCUGCUCAACGAUGAGACGCUCCAGUGGUCCACACAUAUCAAGAAGUCCAGUCUGAGAGGCAAGAUACCCUGUGAAGAGAUGGGCAUAGACGAAGACAAUGGAACAGACCCCACAGAGAAAGAGAACCCGGAGGCGAGCUCAGAAGUGGACGACUCAUUAUAUCCCUGCGAUGCCGAUUCCUACAUCUCGAACCUUGACGUGUCCGAAAAUGAGGAGGCAUGUUGCCGCAAUUGUGGCAAGCCGUGCAAAGACUAUGACAUUUGGAAGAACCCUAUGCAUGCUUCCCAGAAAGAGGAGCCAUGGGUCAAGAACACCUGGUACACCCACUCUUCUUGCUCGAGCACAUCGUCCCACCGUAGGGUCGUCCGCAAAAAGACGGCCUCCGUCGAGAGCAGCCAUACCUUGUCCAGCGGAGAAGAAUAUUCCAAGCAUGUCGUACGGGAAUCCUCAUGUUACUCGGAGACUGUAGAGAACAGGGUAGAAUACCGUGUGGUCAAAAAAUGCCGUUGUCAACAUGGCCAGAGCAACACGAGCAAAAGGGGGUCACCCGUGGAAAUGGAUUCCGCAGCUUGCUUAGCCAAUGCCCAAAAUGAGGACAGUGCCACAGCGACUGCAGAAGGAAUGGAGGGCAACGGCAGCAGGGCAGGGAGCAGCAGGUCAAAAUCAUCUUGCUGUUCCACAGAAAGCCAGAUCAAAGUGUGCGAGGAGAGCAGCAGCGUGGUGAGGACCAUCUCCUCCCGUAGCAUCGAGGCGAGGGAAGAGGUUGAAUUGGAAGAGGCCAGCUGCCCGUCCUCUCCGAAGAGCCCCUGCAGCCAAUCCGUUCAGUGUACCACACCUGAGACAAGAGGCAACCCGGAUGAGCCUUCAGAAGAUGCUCAGCCAAUCUCUUCAUUCUCCGUGGAGGAAGAGGCGGACAAGGAACAAGAGGAAACCAGCGAAGUUCAUUCCGCCUUGGAAAAUGUGGCCUCCAACCAAUCGGUCAGGGAUGAAGUCAGCCAGUGUGGGAGCUGCUCCACAGAACGGUCCUUCCAUUCCAAAGCUUGCGAUGGGAAUAGCCAGAGAGGAGACAGCAAUGAAACGCAGGUGUGCAGCGCAGCGGCUUCCUCUUGCUCCAGGAGGAGCAAGCACAGCCGCAGUCACCGAGAGGCAGGCGCCAAAGUCUCCAGGGUGUCCACCAUCAAGAAAAAGAGGACAAAAAGGUCUCUGCGUGCAGAAGAUGCACGGUCGAGCAGCAGGGCCUCUUGCUACUCCAAAAGCUCCCCAGAGAUGGAGGGAAGAGAGGGCGGGUGCCAUGCAUCUCACGACUCAAGCUCUCCUCGUUCCAACGUGUCGUCCUUAAGCGAAGCGGCGGCACCUCCCGCCAACAAGGUGGAGAGUGCAAGCAGCUCUUCCAGGCAUUGCAGCCAGUCCUCCAAGAGCACCAAGAAGGGCGGCCAGCCGGAUUCCUCCAGCAAGGAAUCAUCUCCUGGCUCCAGCUUCUCCAAUUCCAACGGGGAAAAUGGAACUGACGGACCAUCAAGGCCGGGGAGCGUGCUCGAAUCCACAUGCUCCAAAUGCGGCUGCAGGGUGGCAGUGAGAAACAAUGGCCUUGGGAGCAUCCAGUCGAUUGUGUCUUCCCGUUCGGAGAGUAAAUGCGCAGAGACAGAGGCGUCAGGCAGGAGCGAGCAUGCUGGCUCGCAGUCGAGCAUGGCGCAGUCCUCGAAGCCGAGGAGGAAGAAAAGCAGCCUCCAUGCCAACACAGAACACUCUAGCCAAGCUUUGGCAUCAGAGUCUGCGUCCAUGUACAGUUUGCACUGCCCAGCUCCCCCGAAAGGGAGGCCAAGCGACAAAAAAAGUCGGUCUGCUGUGCUGAAGAAGAAACCUAACAAUGCCAGCACCGCUGAGUCAGAGCCAGCUGCAAGCAAAGGGGAAGAGGAAGCAGCCCAUUCGCAGCCCAGUGAAAUGGAGGCGGAGAACAGGCCGGGGGAUCCUUCUGAAGCGCUGAAUGACGAGGCAGGAUCCUGCCAAGGAGAGGCCGAGGUGGAAGGCGAUGAGGAUGUCAUCCCUUCUUCUCUUCCCAAUGCCUCUCCAGAAGAAGUUGUGCACGAGUGGUUGAGGAAGAUUCCCUCGAAGACUCUGCUGAUGAAAUGCGAGAUGCAGGAUGACGGAGACGGCACAGAACUGGAUGCUGAAAUGCCCAGUUGCUCAAACAACCAGGAAUCGUUGGGAGAGGAGUUGGAAGGAAAGAAAGAGGAGGACCAGAACAACCACAAAAAGGACUUGCCCAGCACCAUCCAGACCUCUGUGCAGAUCAUGAAGGCGCUGCUGGCUUCCAAGCAAGAAGCCAAGUUGGACCGUUCACACAGCUUGCCUGAAGUCUCCCCUACGAUGGGCAGAAAGCUCAGCAACUCGGCAAACAUUCUGAUCACGUGCCUGGCUAGCCUGCAGAUCCUUGACGAAGAGCUGGACCCCUCAAGCAAGUCCAGCAAAUGCCUGAACAGGCCAAGGUACACUGAGCUCUUGAACAUUUUCCAGGCUCUCUGGUUUGGGUGCACGUCAGAGAAAGGUGGCACGAGCUCAGGCCUCCAAGGAGAAGCCCCUGAAAAAGUGCCCUCCACUUUCAAGGACCAUAAAGAUGGUGACUUCACACCCUUGUCCUCUUCUGGGGUGGAUGUGAGCAGUGGCGAUGGAGGCUCAGGAGAGGGGAGUGUUGCUGGUGCCCGAGACUGUGCCUUGUCGCCAGAGAAAACGAACGGAUCCAAGCCCACCAAAGAAGAGGAGAAAGAGGAGGCAGAACAAGAGGGAGGCUGUAGUGAGGAAGAGGAAGAGGAGCAUUCCCAGCCUUGCUUAAAAUCUGAAGGAGAUGAAAAGGCAGCCUCUACUGGAGGAGAGGAGGUGACAGAAACCAAUGAGAACCAGGGCAGCGAUGUUGGUGAGGAGGAGGAGGAAGAUAAAGAAGUUGUUGGAGAAGAAGAAAUGGAGGAUGUCGAGGUGGAACAGGCAGAAACUGAUAAUGCUGGUGUAGACUCUGUUGAGCAGACCCAAGAGGACCCCACUAUCAAGGAAGUAGAAGAGAGUCCCAGUCAAGAGAACGCUGAUGAAGCUGAUGAAGAGCCAAGCAACAAUCAAGAGAAUGGUGAUGAAGUGGCUGAAGAGCCAAGCGAUAAUCAAGAGAAUGUUGAAGUGGCUGAAGAGCCAAGCGAUGAUCAAGAGAAUGGUGAUGAAGUGGCUGAAGAGCCAAGCGAUGAUCAAGAGAAUGUUGAAGUUGCUGAAGAGCCAAGUGACGAUCAAGAAAAUGUUGAAGUGGCUGAAGAGCCAAGCGAUGAUCAAGAGAAUGUUGAAGCGGCUGAAGAGCCAAGCGACAACCAAGAGAAUGGUGAUGAAGCAGCUGAAGAGCCAAGCAAUAAUCAAGAGAAUGCUGAAGAGCCAAGCAACAGUCAAGCUGAACCCGACCCAAACACAAAUAAGAGAGAACCCCAAGCGAGUGUCGAAAAUCAGCUGGUGGAUGAGUCAGAAGCUGACACAGUAACCAGCAACAUAGUUUCCCGCCAACCCACAGCAAAAGCUUCCCUCAUCACCCCACAGAAAUCUAUCGACCCCGACCCGGUUUGGGUGCUAAAGCUUUUGAAAAAGAUCGAGAAGGAAUUCAUGGCUCACUAUGUCAGCGCCAUGAAUGAUUUCAAGGUGAAGUGGAACUUGCCAAAUAGUGAGGAGUUGGACUUGAUGAUUGCACAGCUGAAAGAGGAAGUGAGCCGGAGGAUCCAAAAGAGCAUCGAGAAAGAGUUAGGGAAAAUCAGAAGCAGGGCGGGCAGGAGGGUCCCGAGGCCUCCGGAUGAGGAGCUGCGCCGUGAUUCUUCCAUCCUGCAAGUGGAAAACCGAAGGCGCCGUUUGCAGAGCAUUCACAAAAUGUCCCUCUACAAUGACCGCAGCAAGCCGCGCGAGACAAGGGAAUUAGAUGAGGAAUUGGAUUUUUUCAGUACGACCAUUAGAGACGACAUAAGUGACCCCCCUGGGGAAGAGGAGUACUGCCCUUGUGAUGCCUGCUUCCAGAAGAAGAUGGAGGCCAAAGCCCUGAGGUCUCGAGGGCCGGUGGUGGCAGCCAAUGCCCCCAUUGUGAAGGCCUUUGACCUACAGCAAAUCCUGAGGAUGCAGAGAGGCAAGGCAGAAGAGGACAUCGCAGAAGAGGAAGCAGAAGGGGAGGCCACUGAAGCUGAGGCAGAGCAGGAAGUGUUGGCUGAUGAGGAAGAAGUAGAGCAGGAAGUGACCGAAGGUGAAGCAGCUGAAGCCCCAGCAGAUGGGGAGGAAGAAGCAUCAGAAAACCAGAACUGUGAGGAAGCCGAGGGGGAGGAAACUGUGAACGAAGAAGUAUAUGGUGAAGCACAAGAGGAAGCAAUGGAGGAAGGAGAAGAGGGAGAGGAGGAAGAGGAAGUAGAAGAAAAUGAAGAGAAAGUAGAAGAAAAGGGGGAGGAGGAAGAAGAAGUAGAUGAAGAAAAGGAAGCAGAAGAAGAAAAGGGGGAGGAAAAAAGGAGGGGGAAGGAGAAGAAGCAGAAGCAGAAGAAAAGGAGGGAGAGGGAAGGGAGAGGGAAGAGGAAGAAGGGGGAGAGGAAGUGGAAGCAGAGGAACAAGAGGGGGGAACGGUGGUUGCAAUGGAAGAAGAUGAGGAAGUGGGAGCCAAAAGCAGUUGAAGAAGAUAACCAAGGAAAUGAACCUGAAUGUGCAGAAAACGAUGAUGGCGAGGUCUCUGAGGCACCAGCAGAAGAAGAGGAACAGCCUCCGGCAGACGGUGCAGAAGAGGAUGAGGACGAUGCCAAGCCAGAGGCAGAGUAUGAAACGGCAGAAGUAGAAGAAGCAGGAGAAAAUGAAGCAGAGGCGAACGGCGAGGAAGCAGAGGCAGACGAGGGCAAUGAACCUGGGCAGGAUGGUGGCAGUGAAGACCCCAGAGAAACGGAAGAAGGAGCCACCGAAGGGGCAGAGACCCAGAGAAAAAGGUCCGCCUUCUCUUCUAUGGGGAAUUGUUCCCAGCAAUCCCAGAAAGGGUCUGAGGAGGGGAAUGGCGAAGAAGAAGACGAAGACUGUAAGGAAUUGGAGGGUGAUGGUGGUGAGGAUGGAGAGGCAGAAGGCGACGCAGAGGCCAAACCUACAAAGAUCCGUUACCUCUUCCAUCUCAGCCAAACCGGGACCAGGGAUUUCGGAAUCAGCUACGGCAGCGUCCACCCCUUCGGGGAUAAAUGGUUUUCCUUCCUCGGCCGUUACCUCUUCUAUCCAGUUAAGGUAGCUGAAAACCACAGUGUAGAGAGCGGGGCUGCCCUUUCCUUCGCAGGCCUCCCCCUGACUGCCUAUCCCAACUGCAAACCAUCUCCUGUCUUCUCCAGAAGUGCAAACCAAAGGAGCCCCACGGUCGUCCUGGGAGAAGUCGGAAGGAGGACACAAGAGAAAGAGGUCAACGUCCUCAUAGAAUCAUAG